AUGGGUUCAUCUUCAAAGCUGCGCGCAAGUUCACGAAAUGGACCAGCACUGAUUCGAAAGCUUCGACAAGCAGGAGUAGGAACGAACCGUCCACCAUUGCCUAAACAACCUUCAAAGCAGCUGCUGAAAGCGAUUGAAGCGUAUAACAGGAGCGCACAGCCUUCGGAUACAGAUGUAAAGAGAUCAGAAGGAAUACGUUCUGCCUCUUCAACAGUAUCCCGGAGAGCGACUCUGGAGAGCAAUGAUGCCAGGGUGUCCGAAUCCGAGGAACACCCCCGCAUUUCUCAUCGCUCGUUGGGCCGUUCCCAAUCAUGCCCCACGGUACAAGGGCUACCGCCACUAGAACGUGAUUCCGAUUCUGAGAGCCUUUCGACGAGGGGGACUGGGUUCAGGACCACCUCCAAGAGAAUUCGUUCAGAGCUCCAUCAUCACGGUGGGCAAAAUAACAUGCUCACCAAACACGACGAGGAGUACUAUUCAUCGUCAUCGGGUUCCUCGAAGUUCUCUAGAUAUUCUUCUGGCUCUGCCCGAUCUACGUCGUCAUCGAUAUCAUCCCCUUCUCCACCACCCAUGCCUAUUACCGCACCAUUAUCGGUGAAGCGUAAGCAAAUCGAAAAAGCCAAGAUGCCAGAUACAUUUCGCUCGCCAUCGCAACAAAGACGUGUUGAGGUUACUCUAUGCACCUCUUUCAUUCCUGAUUCGCCUCGUCCACCCUCUUCUUUCCCAAGCCACAGAAUCAGGAUCAACAAAACAGAGCCACAACUUACCAUACCACAGGGCAAGCGGCACCACAAACAACCGUACACGAGAAAAAUCCACCGCAGCUCAUCAUUUCAUUGUGACUCUUAA